CACGUGUUCUAUUCCACGUGGAAGUAAAAUAGUUAUAUGUCAAUUAGUUGUUAUGCAUUGUAUUUCUUUACUCAGGGGGUGUUAUUUACUAACACUAAACAUAAUAAAACUAUCUCAUUUAGUCAACAAUAAAAGACAGACUGUUAUUAAGUUAAAACAAUGUUAUUCUGUAACUACAUAGAUAAAUUGUAAAGCUUUAUAACAUAUAGUUAAUGACAUGUUAAUCUCCAAUCAAAAUCAGUGGUAGUCUACUUUAGUAAUAUUAUCGAUUUGUUUUGAUUGUAUUUUAUGAAAUCUUAUUGGUCUUCUAUUUGUGUGGUAUAUCAAAAUUGUCAGUAAAUUUCAUUAUUUAUUACUCAUAAAAAAUUUUUUUUUUAAUUUUACUAAUGUCUCAAUUUCUGAAUGAAAUUGACAAGGUACCAAAUGAAUUAUUAUUAAGAAUUUUUCAAUAUCUUAAUGGAAAUGAUUUAAUAACUUGUACAUUAUGCAAUCAACAAUGGAAUGAUUUAAUAAGCAAUGACAAAUAUAUAUGGUUGUCUAUUUUUGAAACUGAAAUGAAUACUGGUUGGUUAUGGUUAAAUAAAGAAAUGGUUCAUAUAUUAAACUCAUUUAAUUUGAUAAAUAAAAGUUUAUUGAUAGAAUUCAAUGAAAAUGGUCAACAGAAAUUUAAAAACUAUCGAAAAAUCACUGAACUAAUCACACAAGUAUUGAAUAAUCCUGCUUGUUUUAUGAAAAAAAUAUAUUCAUACUAUACUAAUGUAUACAAAAUGGAACAAGAAAUAUUACAAACACGGAUUAUUCCCUAUUUAAACUCAAUGAAUAAUGAAGAGAUUUGUUUUGAUUGUAUAAUAUUAGGACCAGCUAUUGAUACAGUUCAUUUAAUUGGAGGAUUUAUGCAUACACUUUUAAGUUGGAUAGAUUUAGCUUUAACAAUGAAUAGACAAUCUAUUAAUUUUAAAAAAAUGCAUAGAACUAAUACUCCAUGGGCUGGACAAGGAUUUAUAUUACGUUUACCACAAUGUUUAUCAUUAAGUGAUAAAGAGAACUCUAAGGGUAUACUUUUUAAUGCAACAAUUUUACAUUCACGUAAGCAUAUGAUACGUUCUAGGUAUCGUUAUGGUGGUAGUCGAUUGUUUGGUAAUUGUUUAGUUGAAGCACCAAUAACCGAUCAACAACCAGUUGGUAGUGUAAAAUUGACUCAUUGUACUACUAAUGCAAUUAGUUCAACACAAAUUGUGUUCUAUGUUAUUGAUAUACGAAAAGAAGAUAGUGGUUUGUUAAAUAAUGAAAAUGGUGAUACUAUAUCUCUUAUAAAUCCAUAUAAUUCUGAUAAUGAAAGAUGGAAUGAAAUACGUGUUGAAUUAGAUGCUUUAACAAAUUGUAUGAAUUCAGAACAAAUAUUAAUUGUCUUAGGAGUUGGUAGUCAAAACGAUAAUAUAAAUAAUUACAAUCUUAUAGAACUUGCUUCAAAUCUUGGCUGUGAUCAUGGUAUUUGUUCGGAAAAAUUUGUUUGUGAUGAGAAUGAUAACAAUCAUGGGAAUAUUGACGCUAAUCUUGUUAAACCAUUAUUGAAUAAACCACACAUAAAUUGGAGAUUAUGGUGUACUUCAGUAAAUGAAUUAACUUAUACCAAUUUGGAAGAGAUUUUUUUCUGGACAGCUAUAACUUAUUUGAAUAAAUCACAUAUUGUUAAAAUGAUUUCAAAUGAAUCGUUAACAAAGCAAAUUAAAACUAUACAAAAUCGUAUAACUAAUUAUUAUCGUGUACUUUCAACUGAUAAAUAACCAUGGGAUUUCCCAUAAUUCCUUGCUAUUUAUUUUUAUUAUCUUGUUUUGUAAUGACAUUCUUUUGAGAAGCUUCUUUUGUGUAUAAAUCUAUCAAAAGUUGUUUGUACGUCAUAGCUUGUUGUUUUUUUCUUAACAACAAUGUAAAUUCUUCCUGAAACUAUUGUGUACACCAAUCCAGUUCUUAUUUUCUUACAAAAUAAAGUCGAAUUACUUAUGUUGGUUAAUAAUUCGUCAGGAUGUAUUCCACAACUUCAAAACAAAUAGGUCAUCAUCAUAAUCUAUGAAUAUACAUUCGGAAAUCAAUAUAAAUUCUCACGAAAAUACUUAGUUUUCUAUUAUUUUCAGUUUUCAUAGUGAAUUAUUUGAAUCACAUGAAUAAAAUGAGAAUCAUGAUAUAUCGAUUUUUUGUUUUUAGAUAAAUGUAAUCAUCCAUUUUUGAGAUGGUAGAGGAGAUUUGUAGCUUAGGUGAAUGAUUUGGGCGGAGUUUUUUUCUCUGAACUGGAGAGAACAAAACUGCAAACAUCAUUUUUGUCUACAUAUUAGUGUGUUUGUGUGUAGUGGUUAAAAUAUUUGUUGUCUUAUUGUUUAAGUAAAUAUUUUUGGGAUGGUUAAAAUCAUCAUGAUAAACCGGUGUGCAAGGAAAUAGUUUUGAAUAAAAUGAUAAUAUUGGUUUAGGAUUAGAACAUUUUUAGUUAUUCAUUAUCUUAAAGU